CGUUGGCAAAACAUAUCCGCGGGUCGACAUUCCGCCGACAAUCAUCGAAUACCCGCAGGCCAUGGAUUUCUUCAUCUCAGACGCGUUUCCGUGAAUACAUCAAACGUCAAUCUUUCCAUUGACCUUGCACUGGCAUCACAGUUCGCAUCAAUCCACCAGCAAUCGCUCACCAAAAGCUCAUCAUGGCCGAUCCAGCCGUAGUCAAAGGCCCCGGCAUGCUCUGGGUCAUGUCUUCGAUCUCACGCCCAGAUAUCAUGGAUGAGAAGACCUACAUGAAGUGGUAUGACGAGGACCACAUUGCCGAGAUCAUGGAAACAAGUGGUAUUCACACUGCAUAUCGUUAUAAAGACGUGGACAUUGGCAAAGUUGACAAGCCUUAUCUGGCAUUUUAUCCGAUGAAAGACUUGGCCUUCACGCUGGGGCAAGAGUUCAAGAAGAUUAGGGUCAAGAGCGACCUCUUACCAGGGUCGGGACUUUGCUACGAUCUUGCGGACAUCGAUGUGAGGUACGUAGGGCUGGUUGGAAAGACAGAGUAUGCGGCGCCGAAGAAAGAAAGCGCACCGUACCUCCUUCUUGCGGGCGUCUACCCAUCAGAUGACACCCUGGACUCAGAAGUCGAAAAGUAUUACGAUGAGCAAAUCGAGGAGCUGUCAAAAGCUAAAGGCUACAUGCGCACCACUCACUUCAAGCUGCUUUACGCAAGGUCAAACGCACAGUCCAGAGCACUCAAAGGCCUACCUACGACCGAUGCGCCACCACCAGAGCCACCGACUAGGAUGGCUCUACACGAAUUCUCUGAAGAGCCAGAUUCUGGGAUCAGGGAGAAGCUCCGGACAGAUAAGUCCAACAAGGUCGUAGCUGAUGCGAAAGAGACGGAAGCGAUUCUCUACAAGUUGGUGGUUUCUCAUGGCAAGAAAAACUUCUUCGAAUAGAUAUUGGUUUCUACUAUCACCCCCUUGACGGCUUUCGCCAUCCACUUGCUGUCCUGCCACGAAAAGGUCCAAUCAAGUGAAGCUGCUGCUUCCCUUCAUCUACUUCCUCGUUCCGAGCUUUCCAGUGAAGGGGGCUCCAGUAGCUAGAUAGCCUCAUUUAGGUUUGGUGAGCGAGGCUUCUAGGUGCGCAAAGCUAUCGUGGCCAUAUUCAAAGGUUCUAGAUAAGUGAGAUCAUAUUCAACUCAAA